AUGGCAUCGAAAACACUAUUGUUUGACUUACCAAAUGAACUUUUUUCAUGGAUUUUUCAAUAUUUGAGCGCAAUCAAUCUCUUAAAAACAUUUUCCGAUUUUAAAUCACUUCGACUUCAAGCUCUCAUUCAAUCAUUUAUUUCACGAUUAGAUAUCUCUCAAGAAUCCGAUGAAUGGAUUCAAAAUUAUUUACCAAAUAUAUUGAGUAAACAUAAAAUUAUUGCCCUUCGUCUACAAAUGAAUCGUUUGGUCUUCAUUCCAGAACAUUUAUUAUCAGCUAAUAUUCAAUCUAUGCAAGUGACUAAAUGGAAUGCUUUAACUGAUUUGCCAAAACAGAUAAUGGUUCAUCUUCGUCAAAAUUUAAAAAAUUUGUCAUUUGUACAACCUGAUGAUAAUGAAUUUAGUGAUCUAGUUAGUCUAUUGUUUCGAUCUGAUUCUCAAUUGGAACAACUUAUCAUAAAGGAUUGUGUUUUAUAUGUUUUUAAUGAUGAUAUUGAGAUUUGUACUCGAUUAACACAUCUUUCGAUUGAAUUAGAAGGAAUGAAUCCAGUAUUUAUACUUAUCGGACAUUUACCCAAUCUUCAAAAUUUGAAGGUGAAAAUUCAAAGCCAAGAGUGUAUUGUUCAAACAGCACCCAAUACGAAUGGUGUAAAACCAUGUAAUAAACUUCGUUCUGUUACUUUUACAGGUUGGAUCAAAUAUUUUGAUCAUAUGAAAAGUUUCUUUGCUACAUUUGGAUCAACAAUUGAAUAUCUUUCAAUGAAUAUCGAUACUAGAUAUUAUUUAUUUGAUGGUAAAGGACUUGAACAUGGACUACUUGAUAAAAUGCCUCGUUUAUCAUCACUUGAUUUCAUCAUUUUUUCGCCAUUAGCUUCCCGGGAUCCCAUAGAAAUUGAAACAUUUCAAAGUUUUGCUUGGCAAAACUUCAAUCCAAUUGCGUAUUGGAAUGAUGUUCGUGCUGAACAACAUAUGAUUUUUACAUUACCAUACAAAUCAAAUCUAUUUGAAUAUUUUUCAAAUGACUUUGUUUCAAAUUGUGUAUCAAAUCAAUCAGUUUCAAUUUGUUUCGAACGUGUCCAUACGCUCUCAAUGACUCCUACAACACCAUUGAAUCUAGAAACAUUCUUAUUUAUUGAAAAAGUUUUUCCAAAUGUUACAACAAUUAAAUUAAUCCAUUGGAUUAUUGGCCUAUUAGAUGAAAGUGAAGAUGAACAAGAUAGAAAUGUUACAGUCAUGAGUGAAGAUCUUCUUUUAGAUACUAGUUUACAAAUACCAUCCGUGACAAAAUUCUGCAUAAAUCUAUGGUCUUCAUUUAAUGAUUAUAAAGUCUUUCGUCGUUUUAUUCAAAUUUUUCCAAAUUUAAUUUGUCUCGAACUCGAUAUUGAGCUAUCACUUCUGCAUGAUAUUUUGAAAUAUGAACAUGAAGAUAAGUUUAUCAAAAUUGCAUUAGCUCGUAUUGAACAAUUGGAUAUUACUCAUAGAGAUGCAAAGAAUAUAUUGACUGACGCUGAAAUCCAUUAUCUCUUUCCGAAUGUCAAGAAUCUUGUCAAGCACAAUUGUUGUGAUUCAGGAUGA